AUGGAGGAGGAGAAAAAGAAGAAGAUGCAGGCGAUUGCAGACAAGAUGAAGCAGCAGGUCAAGAGGAAAAAGAAGCAGCAGCAAGAUGAGGAGACCAGGAAAAGGGUCCAGAUGGAAGAGGUGGAAGCACUCGAAGAGGAGAGACGGCGGCAGAAGGUGAAAGAGCUGAAGAACUGGCUUCGACAGAAAGAGGAGCAAGAUCGGGCAAAGAAGGAAAGAGAUGCAGCCAUGGUGCAGCAGAUGCAAGAGGAG